GGUGCUCCAGGAGAUAUUGGAAUUUCUGGACCCGUUGGAGCUACUGGACCAACUGGUCCAGCUGGAGCUACUGGGGCUAUGGGUUUACCUGGAGAUAACGGAAAUCCAGGGUCACCUGGUCCAGUUGGUCAAAUAGGACUACCUGGGCCUCAGGGAACACAAGGAGCAACAGGUCAGCCUGGACCACAAGGUCAACAAGGUGCUACUGGUCCUGCGGGUCAAAAAGGUGAUCCGGGUGUUAAAGGAGAUCAAGGUACACCGGGUAGUGCUGGUAAUCAAGGACAGCUCGGACAACCUGGACCUCAAGGGGCUCAGGGUCAACCUGGAUCUGCAGGGCAGCAAGGGCCUCAAGGCCAAAUGGGACCACAAGGUCAACCUGGUGCUGCCGGACAACCCGGACCACAAGGGCCUGCAGGUCGUUUGCUGUGA